CUCUUACACUGAGACUGGAUAUUCGAAAAGACAAGUAUGUCCUAAUUUCCUGUCAGAAGCGAAAAAAGAAGACAAACUCUUUCGAAUUUUAACAAUGUUCUCUGCAUGAAUUUUCUAUACCAUACCGUAAGGAGUAAAUCGUCAAAAUGCCAGGAGCUACAUCAAAGAAAGAUUUAUAUUUGGGGAAAAGCAUGACAGAUUUGAAUAGUUAUUGUACUGUCAAAGAUCUUGGACCUAAUGUAAAGUUACUGAUCAAAUCAGCAGAAAAGACAUUUCAAGAAGCCGUAAAGCAAGAUGACUGUGGUGAUGAAGAACGGUCAUAUAUUCUGUAUAUGAAAUAUUUUAAUGUCGUACAGCAAGCCAAAAAACAGUCAGAGUAUAAAAAACAGAAGGAAUACUAUGAUAGUUUAUUGGGAAGUAAAAAUCAAAUGAAAGCUAUUCAGAGGGCUGAGUCUUUGUCCCAAAGUCUAAAAGAAAGGUAUGAUUUAAUAGAAGCUGAAUCUAUUGCUAAGAAAUUAUCAAAGUUGGAUGCUAAAACAGAAAUAAAGAAUGAUGAAAAUGAGAAGAUAGAAGAAAAAAUACUAGAUAAAGAAAAGGGAGAAAAGGGCAGCUCUAAUAUUUUGUCAGAUAGGCCUACAGAGAAGAAGAAGAAAGAGAGUAUAGGAAGUAUAUUACCAACACAUUUAUAUGAUAUAAUGAAAGAUAAAGAAAUAGAGAUGUUAAUAAUGGAUGUACGAACAGUCAUAGAUUAUAAUCAAUCACACAUAGAUCAUAUCAACUGUAUUAAUGUACCUGUAGAUAUAGUACCACCUGGUACAACAUGUAGAUAUAUAGAAAAGGAUCUACCGGCAGAAUCGAUAUCAUUAUGGUCAAAAAGGGGAAGUGUAGAUCAUAUUAUAUUAUUAGACUGGAAUUCUACAUUAGAAAUGGCCAAAGUUGGUACAACACUCAAUACAUUAAAAGAUGCACUGUUUAAAUAUGAUUCUAAGUUUAUACUAAAGAGUGAACCAUUGAUAUUAGAGGGUGGUUAUAGUAAUUGGUUAUUAUAUUAUCCAAUGAAAACAACUAAUCCACACAUAGACAGACCAAUACUUACAGCUAAAGAUCCCCUUGCACUUUUGGAUUUUGAUUACCCAAAAUUUGAAGAUGAAGAAAUUAAACCCAAGCAAUCACAACCUGUGUUACAGAAAGAAACGCCUAGCCCCAGUAAUUCAGAGAAAAAUUUUGAAUUCCCGCAAUUUGACAGAAGCACAAAACCUAAGCCCAGUGGAACAAUAGCGUCAAAAAAAACUUUCAACCAAUUAAAUGAAAUGACAUUAAAUAACAUAAAAAAUUCUCCAGUUACAGAGAAAUCUGUAUCUUCAGAGAUAUUAAAUCAAAAUACUUUAUAUCCUAGUAUGUCUAAUCUACCCAGUAGCAGUGGUAGUCUUAAAAAUACAAACAUUGCUCAAGCUAGUAGGCCUCAUAAGUCAGUUGACAACAAACCACUUAAUACACUAAAACAGCAGCAAACGGAAGAAUUUAAACAGCGCCAAAAAGAACUAGAUGAAAGUGAAUUACAAAAAAUUGAAAAUCUGGAAAAGAUUCGUAAAAAACAAGAAAAAGAUGUGGCUAAUCUGAUGAGAAUGAAAAGAAAUUUACAAGAAGAAUUAAAGAAUGAACGAUUGGACCAAGAAGAAAGAAGACGGAAAUAUUUAGAGGAAGAACAGUUAAAAUUACAAGAGAUAGAGAAAAAGAAAGAACAAGAUGUUUUAAAAGCUAAACUGGAGGAACUAGAUAAAUUACGACAUGAAAGAAAAUUAGCUGAACAAAAAAGGAUACAAGAUGAACGUGAGACAGUAGACGCUGCUGAAAAAAGGGAAAGAUUAAGGAAGGAACAGAUUGCAGCUGAAAAUGCAGAAAAAUUGAAACUUGAAAAUGAAAGGCAAGAACAGAUAACUAAAGACCAACAGGCAAAAAUAAAAUCGGAGAAAAGUAAGGAAGCAGAAAGACAAGAACAAAUCCUACGGGAUAGACAAAAUAGAAUAGAAUUAGAAAAAAGAAAAGAAGUAGAAAGAUUAGCUUUGGAAAAAAAGAAAAGAGAAGAUGAACAGAGAUUGAAAGAAGAACAGCAACGUGUAGAAAAUGAACAGCUUGCUGAAGAAAGACUGAAAGUACAGCAAGCUCAGAUUGAAGCUGAUAAAUCUAAAGCUGAAAAAGCCAGAAUUGAGGCAGAUAAGGCCAGAAAAUUAGCAGAAGAAAAAAUCAACAGAAUGCAAAGUCAACCAUCUCAACCAAAGGUUUAUCCAUCACCUAAUCUACCUGUAGGAUGGGAGAAAAGAUUAGAUCGAAGUACUAAUAGAUAUUUCUAUAUAGAUCAUAAUAAAGGUGAAACACACUGGGAACCCCCACAAAUUAACAGAACACCCAAUAAAGGGAAUUUUACAACUAAAAUAAAAGAAGAACCUACAACACCAACAUCUACUGGUUUAAAAAGAUCUUUUUCUUCACCUGACAUCAUGAAAUUAAUGGAACAGGAAGAAAGAAUUCAACAACCAUCUAUAAAUAGAUCAGUUAAACCAGCUAUAAGAACUGAACCUAAGACAUAUAUUAAAGCUCCUGUGAAAAGAAGAGAUCUUAAUCCUAUCUAUGGCAACGUGGGUGCAGCAUUAACAGGGCUAAGAAAUCUGGGUAAUACAUGUUAUAUGAAUUCUACCAUACAGUGCCUAAAUCAUACCACACCAUUAGUAUCUUAUUUUGUUAGUGAUAUUUUUGAACGAGAUAUAAACAGAUCUAGUUUUUUGGGUAUGAAUGGCGAAGUUGUUGAUGAAUUUGCUGUUGUUGUUAAAGCUCUGUGGUCAGGACAGUAUCGCUGUAUUACACCGAAAGAUUUAAAGAGCACUAUUGGUAAAUAUAACCCUAUGUUUGCUGGAUAUGAACAACAAGAUUCCCAAGAAUUGCUUACAUUUUUACUGGACGGUUUACAUGAAGGUUUGAAUGAGGUUAAACAUAGACCACAGAUUCCUGAUCAGAAUAAUGAUAAUCUGUCAGACAUCAGAGCGGCGGAACUAGCGUGGGAAAAUCAUAAAAAACUUAAUCUUUCUGUUAUUGUAUCAUUAUUCCAGGGCCAGUUGAAGUCAACUGUAAAAUGUUUAGAGUGUGGUAAAGAAUCUGCUACAUUUGAAGCAUUUAUGUAUUUGUCUUUACCUAUACCAGAUAAAUCACGAUGUUCAUUAAAGGAUUGUAUAGAGAAGUUUUUAAAACCUGAAAUGAUGACUGGGAGUUCUAGAUAUAAAUGUACAGCAUGUAAAGUACCACGAGAUGCUGUUAAGAGAAUACAGCUAUUUAAAUUACCUCCGAUAUUGUUGAUAGGACUCAAUAGAUUUGUUAGUGAUGGUAUGUGGAUGCAGAAGAAGACAACUUAUGUAGAUUUUGGUAUAAAUGAUAUAACCUUUAACGAUUGUGUUAUUGGACCGAGACCAAAGUCCUAUAAUUUAUAUGCUGUAUCUAAUCAUUAUGGAACAAUGGAAGGUGGACAUUAUACAGCAUAUUGUAGAAAUCCUAGCUUAAGAAAAUGGUUUAAAUUUGAUGAUCAUGAAGUGUAUGAGAUAUCUUUGUCUGAUGUUAAGUCAUCAGCAGGUUAUCUGUUGUUUUACACAUCGAUGGAACUGCCAAUACCAGAAUUUAAACCCCAGUUAAGAUAGUAUUAUAUAGUUAACAUAUUUCACUGUAUAUAUAUAUAUAUAAGCACACUUGAUUGUAAAAUGGACAAAAUUUACUCAUCAUUUGUAAAUUGCUUAAUGAUUUUAAUUUGUUACACACCCACACUAGUCAAUCCUGACUUUCAUUUCAUUGCAAGAUUAAAACUAUUUAAAAUACAGAUGUAACAUCAUCCUUUGAUGGUACAGGCACUAUGCUAAUCAUACAAUAAUUAUACAAGAUGGUGAAAAUUAUUAGAUUUGUCUUAUUUUCAUAGAAAUUCAUGUGCCUGAUAUUGUAUCUGUAAUUUAAGUUGUUUAAAGUAGCUAAGUCUCUAUCUCAAUAUCAUCCAAAGCAGUGAUGGGAUUUCAAAAUUUUUCUUGUCGGACAUUUUACCGAAAAUAAAGGGGCAUAACUCUUAUCGUUAUUUAAGCAGACGAAUUCGUACCACAAUUAAAAGUCACAUGUCAAAAUAUUCAAAUCCCGUACGUAAUAAAAAUAGGUGAACCUCGCUAUUUUUCAUAUUUAAUUCCCGUACAGUAUUCAAUUCAUACCACAAUUAAAAACCACAUGUCAACAAAAUAUUCAAAUCCCGUACGUAAUAAAAAUUGGUGACCUCGCUAUUUUUCACACUUAAUUCCCGUACGGCAUUCAAAUUUAUGUCAGUAAAUGUCCUACAAAAUUAAGCAUUUUCGUAAUAUGUUGAAUGAAAGCUUGCCGAUCCUGCUUCGGCAUCAAAUUCACAACCAUAAUAUUCCUUUAGAAUUACGUGUCUUCGUUUAUACGGCUGCAAAUGAAUGCAGAACUUCCGAAAUAGGUAAAUCACUUGUAAACAGGCAUAGCUAACUUCAGCGAAUAACACUCUUUCAUAGUCACGACAGAGUGACAGGCAUCAUAGGCAACACAGCAGAAUGAUUGACAUGCUUCUUAAUUCCCGCCUACAAAUACGUUAGAAUUUCUGCUCAUAUAGCUAUUGGUAGCCCCUCCCCUUUUUGUUAUUUUGCUGGGUGCGUACUAGUCUCGGUCACCCAGAAACUCCUAGUCUUCAACAUAUUCGUAGAAUAUUUUUCUGGAUAAUAGAGACUAAUAGCCUACGUGACUCACAUCACACGGCUUCAUAGUAAGCACUGCCUUAUAAUAUGUUAAGCAAUAUUCGUGCCGCGCUUGAGAUCAAGGGAAAGUGCCACUGUGGAUGAGAAUUUCUAUAUGGAUUCUUAAAAGACGUAAAAGAUCUCGUAGACAAAAUGACUGUCCAUUGAUUUAGGGUGUUAUUUACUCUUACGAUAUGUGACAUCUUUGAUUAGUUUAUUAUAGAUGAUGUCGGCUCACAUCAAUGCGAUUAAGAUGCCCGACAAAUGAGAAACCACGAGGUAAACAGGUGGAUUAAAAUUAUAAUCAUUCUUAUUGAAUUGAUGAAUAGUCCGACAAAAGGAAAGCAAUGACUUCUGUUUAAGAUUAGAUUGAUGAAUUGUCCGACAAAGGAUUAAGUCAGUCAAUCAAGGCAGAUUAAGUAGUUAAAUCAAGGUAGGUUUAUACUAUAGACGGUAUAACACGAUAAAUACGUUGAUCACUUAAUUACCUAAUAAACCCAGCGUAUUAUCGACGAUAAUCGGGUUGAGUGGUAGUUAUACACUCAGUAAACUAUAUUAAUUUCGGAAUUUUGAAUAUUAUUCACCAUGUCUUGAUGUCCGAUUGGGCAUAUUCCUGGUCGGACAAUUUUGGGCGUUUGGAAAAAAGAUUCGGACAAGUCCGGAAUAUACGGGCAAAAUCCCAUCACUGAUCCAAAGUCUUGAAAACACAAAAUAUCUGUCAAUUUAAAUCAACAUUGAUGAUGUGAUCAUAUCGGGAAAAUAUGGGCUUCUGAUAUCCAAUAUUUAAGACAAAAUAAACAGUUUACCAUUGGUACACGAAUCGUGUACCAUAAUGCAUUUCAGCGCCAUUUGUAACAAGGGACUCGAAGAACGAGGCUAGACAUAUUCCACAAGUCAUAUCAAACGAUGACCUCAUAUUCUUAUCUGGAUAGCAUGCGCAAUAAAUACUAUCGGUGUAGACUGGAAUAACUAGACGCUAGAGAUUGCCAUUCAAUUGAGACUUCUGGCGUUUCUCGCCGAACAUAACUGAUUAGAAAUUACAGUAAAAACAGAAACGGUUCAAUGUAAAUCAGUUUAUAUACAUUCAGAUUACAUUAUUAUAUGGGUUGCGACCCAUUUGUGUCAAUUUCUAGGUCCAAAAUAUUAGCGAUUUAGCUCCUUUAAAGGUCUAGAGCAAGACUUCAUGAGCCCAGUAGGAGUAGAACAGUAGGACUUUUAACCCCAUUUCAUUUCAUUUCUCAAGAUAUCACUUCAUGUGUCUCUCUCUACCUCUAAACCACAAUAAUUCAGUUUAAUAGCUUAAUGACCUUUAUGUGAAUUUCUGAGUAUAAAAAAAGAAUUAGCUUAUACAUAAAGCUAUGACCAUAUAAUUUAUAUAGGCUUAAAAUAACAUGGAUUGCCAGCCUCAAGAACAACUUGAAGGUGAAAAAAUCUUCUUAGCUUUUAUUUAAACAUAGAAAAUGUUUUCAUUGAGGAUAUUUUGCCAUUGUACAAUAACUUCUGGUCAAGUUUGGUGGUCAUAGAUUGACAGUAAUAUUAAGUAUUAGAAUAAAUAUGAGAAUACUGUAUAUUUAUGCAAAAUUUAUAUUAAAUUGAGAAGUUUUAAUUCUUUAAUUGUGUAUAUAUUGUAAAAAGUGUAAAUAUGUUACAUAUAUAUAAAAUUCAUUUGACAAAAUGAAACUACAUAAUUUGUGGUAACGUUUUAACAACUGAAGUUGCUCUUCGGGAAUUUAUUAUAACAUUAAUUAUAAUUAUGAUUUUUAUGUAGAUAUUGUACAUUAUGAUAUUAUUGUAAUCAAGUCUUUCAGUUUUAAAUGUAUCAAAUCAAAACAGUUCUUUUGCAAUCUGUAUACUAGUAAAAGAGUAAAUGAAGCACUGUUUUCCAAAACGCACUGCUGUUUUGAAGUGAAAGCAGGAAAUUUUCUUAGAAAAUAAAAGACAAAAUGAUGAAAUUAUACAUCAAUGGAUUUAAACCAAUAUUUUAUUUAUUCUUUUUCAAAUAAAUAAUAUUUAAAUUAUAUUAGAUGGGUAUAAGGAAUAUGAAAAUGAUUCCGGUAAAAAGGGUGGCAUUAUCACAUUUUGAACAAGAGCUCUAUAAAAAUUAACUAGACCUGCACAUCUGGCAAUUUUAACAAACAGGUGAAUAAUGAGGACACUUGCAACCGUUUUAGUAAACUAAAUUGUUUUUGCUUCUCAACACUUCUAUACUUAUGUUUAAAACAUAUUUAUACUUUUUUUGUUUUAAUUUGCACUAGUAAAAUAUAUAUCAUUAAAAAUUUUAAUAGCUGUAUUAUGAUGCCUUUGAAUUGUGAUAAUAAUAUAAUAUUAAUAAUCAAUAUUGAAUGAGGUGCCAAGCUCAUGUCAUGUGUCAUCAUUUUGAAAUAAUAUGCGGCAUAAUACUGGAGCUUUAUUUUCCAUCCAAGAAUAUAAUGGUAAAAUAUAAAUGCUUUUUGUCUUUGAACUAAUGUACAUUUGUAAAAUAAUAUAUUUUCACUGUGUUUGUGAACUGUAUGUAUAUUUUUGGACCAUAGCAUAAUUAAUAUGCUUAUAUUUAUGACUAAUUAUUGUAUAAGGAAAUUUAAAGGACUUUUCAAUCAUUAUUUGCUGCUUAAAUAUAUCACAUACUCUUUUUCUUAGAUCAAUUUUAACCUGCAUUGAAAUUUAUGAUGUGUAUUUGUUUUUUUCCCACAUUACUUGGGUUAUAUUGAGAAUAAAAAGUCAACAUUAGGGACCACACAGCAGACUUUAAAUUGAUACAGUAUUGCAUGGAGUUACAGCUCAAUUUCUAGAUCUUUCCCAAAUUGAACAACUUUGAUUAGGGAAUGUCAAAAUGUGUAUUAACUCUAUAGAUGUAUCUGUAUGACUUUUGAUUUAGAAUUAUAGUACUGUUUUCUUCAGAAUUUUAAUUAUAAUAAACAUAUUGGUACA